AUGCGCUCUCGACAAAAAUUUCGUGGUUUUCAUCCAGACCGCUGGACAAAAGUCAGUCUCCGUGGCAUCGGUGGUGGUGUUCGGGCCUUGAACGGAGUAAAGGCAUUGAACGGAGUCAAUGUUCGUGUUUCACUACAAUGGAAGCGUCUUUCCAAUCGCCUUCAUCGAAUUCGUAGAAGAAGUCGACUGGGUCGUCUUUCUAUCAAUGUCCGUCCAAACAGCUCCUGGCAAGUUUACUUUUUGAGCUCCCUUCCCUUACGAAGUUUGUCGCGCAUUUGGGGUCAGUUCAAUCGUGCCAAUUUACCUACAUUUUUAAGAUAUCCAGGAUUUAAGUUGUAUUCUUGGGUCUUUCGCUGUAAUUUAGAUGAAUUGAAAGACCCAGAUUUAACUCAUUAUCGCAAUUUUCAGGAUUUCUUUUGUCGUGAGCUUCGUCCCGAAGUUCGUCCAGUCGAUCCGGAUUCUUUGGUUGUUUCACCUGUGGAUGGUAGAAUUGUUUGCCAAGGCGUUGUUGAUAAUAACUACAUUGAACACGUAAAAGGACUAUCUUAUUCCUUGGAAGCGCUUUUGGGAGGUGUUUCUACAGUUGAUCCCGCUAUUGUUGAUUUUAGACAAGAUAUAACUUCAAGUUUGUUGAAAAAGCAUAAAGAAUUUGCUUCAAAUUAUUCUAUCCCUCCAUAUCAUGACAGAUGUAGUCACUUUCGAAAUGAUAAUGGGUUAUCGACCAAAGAUCCUUUGACUGGCUCAGAUACUCAAAGCCAAAGUGAGACUUGGAAUAAUAACAAUUCCACACGUGACUCUUACUAUGACAAUUGCUGUCCAUUUAAUGCUUUUCAGGACGUGACAAGUGACACAAGUUCGGUUCUGUCGGAUGCAUCAGAUAUAAGUACUGAUAGUUUUUACACCUCAAUUAUGGAGGAUGACGAUGAUGUACCUUUAGAUGACUCGAACGGUACAACUCAUCCAAUUUUAGAUAACGGAAAGCCGAAUUGGGAUGUCUGGGUUCAGGAAGCAGAUGUCGUCGACAUUGACUCUUUACCUUGGAGAAAUAUUCAACCUAAUAAUCUUUUAUUUUAUUCUGUUAUUUAUUUAGCACCUGGCGAUUAUCAUCGGUUCCAUUCGCCUGCUGAUUGGGUGAUUGAGUCAAGAAGGCACUUUUCCGGUGAGUUGUUCAGCGUCUCUCCGUUUUUGGCAAGAAGACUGCAUAAUUUAUUCGUUUUGAAUGAGCGAGUUGCUUUACUUGGUCGCUAUAAGCAUGGAUUUAUGAGCAUGAUUCCUGUAGGUGCUACAAAUGUUGGCAGUAUAGUAAUUGAUUGUGAUCCUACAUUGUCAACAAACAGAAUGGUACUACGCAAGAAGUCACUAGGCUCUUUUCAGGAAGCAGCCUAUAGUGAUGCGUCACCUAUUUUGAAUGGAGUGCCGAUAAAUCGAGGCGAACAGCUUGGUAGAUUUCAACUAGGAAGCACCGUUGUGCUUGUCUUUGAAGCACCUGCCGAUUUCAAAUUUUCUACCCACCAAGGUCAAUACGUCCGUGUCGGGGAGGGUCUUUGA